ACUCAUAUACACACACACACACACACACACACACACACACACCUACACACACUCACUUUGUCUGCACUGCUCAUCACACUAAUACAGAUCGCUCGUCUGUCUCCCUCCAUCAUGCCGAAGGAGGAGUGUAAGUUAUCUUCAGGCUGUAAGCAUAAAGAGCGCAAGCCGAAGAAGCCGCACUACAUCCCGCGUCCUUUCGGUAAACCGUACAACUACAAGUGCUUCCAGUGUCCCUUCACCUGCAUGGAGAAAUCUCACCUGUACAACCACAUGAAGUACAGCCUGUGCAAGAACUCGCUUUCACUGCUCAUCGAGUCCGACUGGCCCUAUAAAAAAGGGAACCUGCUCCCAUCCGAGCAGCUCCGCCUGCAGCAGGGCAUUGUGGGAAGUCAGGACUCGGAGCAGGAGCAGGUGGGGCAGAAACGAGGAGAUGACCUACAGCUCAGCUUCUCGGAUGAACAGGAGACGGAGGUGGAAAAAAACGCAGAAGCUCGAGCCGAGACCAAUGGGAUUGCCAAUCAGAGCUCAGAACAGACUGAGGCACCUCAGAGGGGCGUAGCCAAGCAGGAAGCUGAGCUGAUCAUGGCAGACGUAUUCUCGCUGGAGGAGCAGCUGCUACGAGCGCGCUCAGUGGAGGUCGAAUCAAAGCUGCGUCAUUACCGUCUCUCCAAAACUCGUUUGCUCCUGUCCGAGUCACUGCCAUGUUACCCCCCAACAUUACCCCCUGGACACCUCAACUGCCCUGAUGCCCCACCCCUUAACCUCUCUCUACUUGGGGUUGGCUACCCUUUGACCUCUGAUCUCUUCUCAUAUCUAAACCCAAGCCUCGGCGCUGCAACAACCUCUAACCCAGCGCAGGUCGGCUCGCUACCAUUUCUAGCUUCAGCAGCUCAGCUCACACACACUCACACACACUCUGACCGCCCGGCACUUCCCCCACGCUUCUAUUAUCCCUUCCUGUGUGACCACACAUCAGCUUCAGACCCCAGCAAAGGCAUUAAACCCACCACCUUUACCCCUAAACUCAACCUGUGGAAGUUCCCGACCCUCCGGCCUGCAGGCUCGACUGAAGCCUGGAGCUCACCGGGCAGCAUGAGCCCAGAGACAGGGCCUGGGACCGGGGAGAGGGUUCAGAGCCGAUGGGGAGCAGAGCAAAGUGUUAAAAGGGCAGCAGUUUCUCAAGACUCCCAUAAUGCACCUGCAGAAAAAAAGGGACCUCCAUCAUUUUUGCUCAACCAGGAAACGCCCAUUUCUGUCAACAGAAUCCUCCUACAGAGCAGUCUGAACAAUCGAACCGGAUUGGAUGAGUGUUACUCGGACAUUAGAGGCUCCUCGAUUUUCUCGGAGGCGGGUGAAGCAAAGGAAAGGGGGAUGGAUGGAGAGACGAAUGGAGGAAUGGAUGGAGAGAUAUCGUGUGAUCUUUCCUCAGCGCUGCAGGAGCUCCAGCGUGCUGAGCGCGAGGCGGGGCUACACCCAGAACACGCCCACUCUCACCACAUGUGGGCGCAAAAGAUACACAAAAUCCGCUUGGAGCUGUCUCACAUCCAGCAGGCUCUGCAGAGGAGCUCGCAGGGUCCUCUUGACCUGUCCAUCAAAAAGGAACCUGUAACCAUGACGACUACGCCUCUGGGUCCAAAGCAUGACAUGAAACAGCAUUCAGGACACAGCCAGGAUAUGAGUUCUGAGACAGGAGAAGAAGAGGAAGAGGAAGAGGAGCCCGAGACAGAGGACGAGUGGAAGAAGCGUUCUCUUGACGUCCUGAUCAGGAUGGGCCAGUCUCAGGGCAUUUCCAUGGUGACCCCGGGUGUUGCUGUGGUUAAGUCUGAGCCGUUGCUGGGUGACGCUGAGGUGCUGUGGAACAGCAGGACCAGGAAGUGUGAAGCUGAUUCCAGCGUUCGAGUGUGCUCUAAAACCACAAACUGCCCCUCAAGCCCAAUUACUGCUUCUGCAGUACAAUAACUGCUCCCUCAACUACAAUACCUGCCCCAGUUAAUAGCAAACCUGCCCCUGUAACUCCCACACCUGUCCCCUCAACUCCACUACCUGCCCCUGUAAUUCCUAUACCUGUCCCACCAACUCCACUACCUGACCCUGUAACUCCCAUACCUGUCCCACCAACUCCACUACCUGACCCUGUAACUCACAUACCUGUCCCCUCAAUGCCAAAAACUGCCUGGUAACUCCCAAUAUUGUCCCAUAACUGCUCCAGAAAUUCCCACAACUGCCCCAUAACCACCACAGUAAGUCCAAUACUGUCAUUGCACCUUGUAACUCCUAUAACUACACAAUGCAUUCUCAAUAAUUGCCCCUAUAAUCCAAUAACUGCUCUGUAAUGCCAAUAAUUGCCCUUGUAACCCCAAUACCUGCUGCAUUUGUCUUGUCCUACCUAUAAUAACUGCCCCACUGUCACCCAUUACUGUUCAUGCAACUCUAAGAUCUGCUUUAACACCAUUAAAUGCCCUCUAAGUACAUUACCUGCCCUUAAAUGCCAUUAACCGCUCCUUUUAAACUAAUUAUGACCCCCAAUUUCAUCAAUUGCCUCUCCAAUUCAACAUCUGCCCUCAUAUAAAACCAAUUUAAAUUGAAUAAAUUCAGAGACUCAUCUGAAUCAAAGCUUAACAGCAUGUUAUAUAACAAUACACACACACACACACACACACACACACACACACACAUCUGAAGUAAGUGAAUGCGGAGAAUGAAGGUUUUGCUCUUUAAUGUGAAUAAAGGAUAUAAUAUACCUCUGCUGAGAGUAUGAGGGGUAAAUUAUACCCCUAAUGACUGCUGAGUUGUAUUGAGUGUGUACAGAGUGUGUGUUAGUUUACUCGUUGUUGUGUGAGAUAUCAGGAGUUUGUGUCUCUUGUACUGUGUCUUGUGAUAUCAUUCACUUUUUAUUGUAUCUCACUCACUGAUCCCUUGCUUUACACACACACACACACACACACACACACACACAAACGUAGUGAUGUUGGAAAAAAGAAAUUAAGAAGACAAAUGUGUGUGUUUGUGAU